AUGGCACCUUCGAUAACCUCAGAGAGGCUCAAACUUUCAUACCCGCUGUACGGCGCAUCCUUCAUCGACGCCGACCGCCUGAUUGUUGCUGGUGGCGGGGGCGAAGGGCGUAGCGGUGUUGGUAACAAAAUUGUUGGCUCUCCUCUCGCUUUCGGCAAGCUGGCCUCUUGUGAGCGAAGCUAAAUGGAUACAGACGGUUAUAGAUACCUCGACAAAGCCAGGAAAAUCUUUAGCAGUGGCGUCGGAAAUCGGGCUCAGUAAGGAUGAAGACGCUGUCAUGUCGCUCUCGGCCCUCAACACCCCGUCGGGAGUCAAGGCGCUUGUUGGAAUCAACUCUGCUCGAAAAUCCAAGUCGAACGAGCACUUCCGGGUCUUUGAUGUUCCGAAGGAAGGCGAGAUCAGUCUUGCUUCCAAACACGCAUUGUUCAGUCAGGUGGAUGCAGAGACAUAUCAGCGACUGGUCCGUGUCGAUGUGGAGGGAAAGAUAGCGGUCAUCGCGAGCGCGAGUGGGCUGGCGCCGGUUUCGGCAGCGGAGGUCGUAGUCUUAGAUGUUUCCUCCUUAAAUGUGAAGCGACGGAUACGGCUGCCUGGGAAGGAAGAGGUUGCGGACCUGGAUAUAUCGAGGGAAGGGAAUCGAGUGGUAUGCUGCUCGCCGGGGAACAUCUACAUCGCAUCUACGGAGAAGGAGGAGCAGGGUCUGAAACCCGUCGCCCUGAAAUGGGGGGGCCCAGACAGGCCGAAGGGUAGCUUCCGGUCCAUUCGCUUCUCUGGCGACGGCAAGCUGGUGGCGGUUUACAAUCUUUCCGGCCGCUCGGGUGCCGUCAUACUGCUUGUCGACGCUUCGGGAGAAGUCAUUUCAAGACGGAGCGUGCACAGCGGGGUAAAGGCGGUCACUAGCACGGACUCUUUGGCGCUCUCACCAACCAGCACACUUCUAGCCGUCGCCGGCGCAGACCAAAGCGUCCAGCUAUUCCUUGUCGAAGGACUAAUUAAGGCAGUCAAGACUUUCAAAAACGUACAUUCCUUUCAGAUAACCAAACUUGCCUUCUCACCUCUUCCAUCCUCCGGCACCACUGUCAAACUAGCAACUACAUCGAUGGGCAACAGUGUAGUCGUAUUUUACAUACCGGUGUUCGAAACCGAGGGCAAAUGGCAGCUCCGGCAAACCUCCAUGAAGCUGACCGCCUUCCUGGUGUUGAUCUCACUGGUCGGCGUAGUUGUAUUCGCAGUUGCCCUCCAACUAAUGUUUAAUGCACGGGCAGGCUUUGGAAAGGAGCAAGGGCGCACGGAGAAGUUUGAACACCCCAGCAAGACAGGCCUAGAGGCAGCAGAAGCAGCCGACGAGUGGAUGCUCGGCGAAGCGGAGGAAGUUGGCGCGGGGGUCGUGGACGGCAUGCUCGGGGAAGUCCUUCUAGAUGUCGUCGAGUAA